GAGGUGGGCUUAGCUUGCACAAGUCAUUGCAGAGGAGCUAGGAUAGAGGAAUUGAGGCAACUGAGAGGAAUAGAUAGAGAUCCAGGGAUGGCUCCAGUGGGUUUACCACCUGGUUUUAGGUUUCACCCGACCGACGAGGAGCUCGUAAACUACUACCUCAAGAGGAAGAUCCACGGUCUCAAGAUCGAACUCGAUAUCAUCCCUGAGGUGGACUUGUAUAAGUGCGAACCCUGGGAACUUGCAGAGAAAUCAUUUUUACCAAGUAGAGAUCCUGAAUGGUACUUCUUUGGCCCAAGAGAUCGAAAGUAUCCGAACGGAUUUCGCACAAAUCGUGCAACUCAAGCAGGCUACUGGAAGUCGACUGGAAAAGAUCGACGAGUUUGCCAUCAGAAUCGAGCUAUAGGAAUGAAGAAAACCCUAGUCUACUACAGAGGUCGAGCACCACAAGGCAGAAGGACUGACUGGGUCAUGCAUGAGUAUCGCCUCGACGACAAGGAGUGCGAGGAUACGAUGGGGCUUCAGGAUUCUUAUGCAUUAUGUCGAGUGUUCAAGAAGAAUGUGAUAACUGGCGACGUCGAGGAGCCUCAUGGCCAGUGCAGCUUAACGAGCAUGGCUGAAACCUCCGUCGCCCUCACCGCCGCCGCCGUUGCCGGGUACGAGACUACAUCGUCGUCUCCGAUCGACAUGCCGGUCGGAUCGCCCUCGUGCGCCGAUGACGACGACAAGGACGAUGCCUGGAUGCAGUUCAUCACCGACGACGCUUGGUGCUCAAAUCUAUCAACCAACGAGGCGGCCCAAGAACAAACACCCUCUUCCUGCGCGGCUACUGUUAACUAAUAUAGCGAAAUUAAUUGCCGCAUAAACUCUGAUUUUAAUUAUAUUAUACUCUAUUAUUAACUAUUAAUAUCAAGAUUUGGGGAACUAUUCUAAAUAAGUAAUGGAAUCAGUAUAAGUUAUUGUAUUAAAUCUCCUGUGGAUUGAUGCACUUCAGUACUCAGCUUGUUUUGAGUCUAU